GGCGGUGCGCAAAAGUUCCCCAUAAAACUUUUUUACGACGAUACACUUGACUCACUCUGGAACACUGCAUCAUUACGCAUCACCACGUGCUCUGAUUCUUACGUAAAAACAGCAACUUUUCAGGUUUUUGGUUGGGUUUUGUAUUUUUUCCCCCUUCACACUUAGUUUUUUGACACGGAUGUUUGUCCAAGACGCACACUCGGCGCUGCCUCUCCUCCACGAGGGGGAAGGAGCCCGUGGACAUAAUGGACCACUGUGUGUCCUUAUGUGAGACAAUGCGGCGGGUUGCUUCGGAUUUGAGCAAGAAAUGACAUUUUUUUCUCCAAGACGCUGGAUGUUUACCACCCUGGACUGACACGGGCGACAGUAUGAAGUUCCGGCCGCUGUACGACAAACCGUGAGGACUAUGCGUGUUAUGUAGAGUUUCAUGAACGAAGCCAGGACUCAAGAAUGAAGACCAAAUAUGCCAUUGUCUUCAUCUGUAUCGUGGCCCUGGUCAUCAUCGAGAAGGAGAGCAACAUCAUCUCCAGGGUGUCGGAUAAGCUGAUCCAGAGACAGAACCCUGUGCAGACGCCUCAGACUCCCCUGGACUACAACAACACCAACAGAUCCUUCAGCAUGUUCAAACUCCUGCUCUCCAAACUCAUCAACAACAGGAAUUUCUCUGAUCUCCUUGACGAUCAGGAGGCAUGGAACAGAUCCGGUUCAAGUGGAGGUCAAAAGCACAUCCUCCUUCUGGCCACCACCCGCACCGGCUCCUCGUUUGUGGGGGAGUUCUUCAACCAGCACGGGGAGAGCAUGUUCUACCUGUUCGAGCCGCUUUGGCACGUGGAGCGGAUGUUAGCUAGCGUGCCGGAGAGCAGCAACGGCACCGGGGGUAUCUACAGGGAUGUGCUGCAGGGGCUGUUUGUGUGUGACUUUGGCCCACUGGAGAGGUUCAUCUCCCCCUCGCCUCAUGACCACGUGACAGCUGCGCUCUUCAGGAGGGAGUCCAGUCUGUCUCUGUGUGAGGAACCAGUGUGCACGGCCCCGGUGAAGGACGUGUUUGAGAGGUAUCACUGUAAGAGUCGACGCUGCGGCCCUCUCAACCUGACCCUGGCCUCUGAGUCAUGUCUGUCCAAACAGCACCACGCCAUAAAGACUGUGCGCGUCAAGCAGCUCGACUCACUACAGCCCCUAGUGGAGGACCCCCGCCUCGACAUCCGCAUCAUCCAGCUGGUGCGGGACCCUCGAGCCAUCCUGGCCUCCCGCAUGGUGGCCUUUUCCUCUAAGUACCAGACCUGGAAGACCUGGGCGCUGGACGGCCAGGUUCCAGAAGACGACGAGGAGGUGAAGAGACUUAAGGGCAACUGUGACCACAUCCGGAUGUCCGCGGAGGUGGGACUGAGGCAGCCGCGCUGGCUACGAGGCCGCUACAUGCUAGUGCGCUACGAGGACAUCGCGCGUUACCCCAUGGAGAAGGCUCAGGAGAUGUACCGCUUCACCGGGAUACCUUUUAGCAACAAGGCCCGGGAGUGGAUCGUGAGGAAUACCCAAACCACGCAGGGAACUAGCGGGAUCUACUCCACCCAGAAGAACUCAUCGGAGCAGGCGGAGAAGUGGAGGUUCAACAUCCCAUUCACGCUGGCGCAGGUGGUGCAGAGGGUGUGCGGGCCCACCAUGAGGCUGUUUGGAUACAAGUUCGUCCAUGAUGAAAAGACGCUUGUGAAUAAGUCCAUAAGUCUGCUGGAGGAGAGGAUGUUCUACUAAUGCACAAGGGAAGACUGUAUGUAGCUAAAGGGCCCUGGUCAGCACUUUAUAAUACAGCUCAGUAAUGAUAAU